ACCUAACAGUUCUGCCUAGCCUUGUUCUAUGACUUCACUGCUUAACGGAACUCCAGGAUUCCGUCUCGAUUGUUUUGCUACGAACGGCAACAGCCUUAGCUCAAACUCUGGGCUCAGACGUCUUGCCUGUCUCGGGACAUCUGCAGUUCUGAACAAUAUAAGCCCAGAAUGUCCAAGCAACAGCUGGCGGUGGAGCGUGCCAGAAGGGCCUUCCGCACUGGCAGGUCGAAGCCCCUGGAGUACCGCAUCCAGCAGCUCAAAAACCUUGAGAGGUUAUUUGUGGAGAGAAAGAAGGAAAUUGCUGGUGCUCUCAAGAAAGACCUCAACAAGAGUGAACAUGGCACCCCGCUGUAUGAAACCCUGGGGCUGGAGGGAGAGAUCCAGCUGGCCGUGAGAAAGCUGAAGGAAUGGGCUGCCCCUCGUCCCGUCUCCAAGAACCUGCUGACACUGUCGGACGAGGUGUACAUUAAACCCGAGCCCCUGGGGGUUGUGCUCAUCAUCGGGGCUUGGAACUACCCCUGGGCAGUCACCAUACAGCCCCUCAUAGGGGCCAUCGCAGCAGGUAAUGCUGCUGUGAUAAAGCCCUCAGAAGUCAGCGCUCACACAGCUAAAUUAAUGGAAGAUCUGCUGCCCCUAUAUGUGGAUAAGGAGCUGUAUCCUGUAGUGACCGGAGGCGUCCCAGAGACUCAGGAGCUGCUGAAGCAGCGCUUUGACCACGUUUUCUAUACCGGUAACUGCGCCGUGGGGAAGAUCGUGAUGGAGGCUGCCUCUCACCACCUCACGCCCGUCACCCUUGAGCUCGGAGGGAAGAGCCCCUGCUACAUUGACAAAAACUGCAACCUCACCAUUGCCUGCCGGCGCAUUGCAUGGGGGAAGUACACCAACUGUGGCCAAACCUGCAUCGCCCCCGACUACAUUCUGUGUGACCCCAGCAUCCAGGACCGCGUGAUACAGGAGAUCACAAAGAGUGUACAGGAAUUCUACACAGAAAACCCCAAAACUUGCCCAGAUUAUGGCCGCAUCAUCAACCAGCGCCAUUUCAAGCGAAUUAUGGCGAUGGCUGAAGACAGCACAGUAGCCAUGGGAGGAGACAACGAUGAGGCUGAAUGCUACAUAGCCCCCACGGUUCUGAGGGACGUGAAGCCAGAGGCCAAGGUCAUGCAGGAAGAGAUCUUUGGACCCUUACUGCCCAUCCUGACUGUGGAUAGCGUGGACAGUGCAAUUGAGUUCAUCAAUGACCGGGAGAAGCCUCUUGCACUCUAUGUGUUUUCCAGCGACAACAAGUUAAUAAAACGUGUCGUAGACGAGACCUCCAGUGGUGGUUUCCUUGCCAAUGACUGUCUGGUGCACUUCUCUGUCAACGAUUUGCCAUUUGGUGGUGUGGGCAACAGUGGAAUCGGCGCCUAUCACGGCAAGUUCAGCUUUGACCAGCUGAGCCAUCUGAGGGGCUGCCUUAUCAAGCAGCUGAAGAUGGAAGGGGUGAACAACAUGCGCUACCCGCCCCACACUGCAGACAAGUUGGGCUGGGCUCGGUUCUUCAUCCUCAAGCAUGUGCCCGUGGUCAGGACCUUUAAAUUGGCAGCGCUGGCCAUGCUGGUUGUCAUCGCUGCAGCCAUCAUCCAGAGAAUCUUAGACUGAUUCAGCAAGGACGUGGAAGCCUGGACUACUAUUCCCAUCAAGUAAACAUUGCUCUAUGUACUUUGGCCAUCUAGUGGCCAUCUUCCACCAUGCUAAACUAUGAAAUCCUCACUGGCCUUAACCUUUGAAGUGACUGUAAGGGUCGGUCAUUUCAACCAUUAUGCAAAGCUGCUUGUAGAGUACUAACAACUAUGUCAUGUCAGCAUGUGAUUUUAAAUUGUAUUCAAUCAAAGCACUUUAAUUUGUGUUUUAUUUCAACUCAGCAAGUCAUUCAGCCUUUGUGUUCCGUUAUAAAUAGUUGUUGUCUGUAUGAAGGAAAACGAAACUUUGAGCCUUGUAACUAUUGCACGAAUGCUUUCUUUAUGUUAAUAUGCCCUGCACUGAGUAUCAAAAAUAUAAAAGACCUUAUAUUUGGUCUGUUACAUUCCUAAUAAUGGGUAACUAUGAAGCCUGUUAAGCCUAACUGUGAGCAGACCAUAUUCUAAAGCAGUUAUUUAGUGCAUUGAAGUGCCUCAUAAGAGAUUUAGGGAAGGUUUUGUUCAGAUUUGUUUCAGAACUUUUUUUGUAUUUACUAAAUAUUGUGGUCCAUUAUUAUACAUGCGUUUAGCUGUUGUAUACAUUCAUAUUCACUGAAGCAGAUAUUCUAAUUAUUUCCAUUUAUUUCAAUAUAACGCCAAAAGAGACAAAUUGUCUCAAGACGCUUUACUGAAUGUGAAUUUAGGGCAUUUAUUGUUAGGAUAUUGUGAAGCAUUAAUGAAGCCUUCCGAAGCCCUUCUACUAUCAAUGUAAGCGAAUCUGUACAUGGCAUGUUGAGAUUUCAUGUAUUAAAAACAAUAAUAUUUUCUUGUUGAUUUGCAAAAAAUACAUUUCGGAAGAAGCAAA